AUGGAGGAGAGUGCAUUAUUGACGAAUAUAACCAUGAUUAUUACCAAAGAUAUUCUGGUAGAUGAGGCUAAUAGUCAAAAGAAACCCAAACAUUUUCUUUGGCACGAUAAUCAAAAUAUUAAUGAGGAAGAUAAGAUGCGAUUUCCAUUAUUGGCACCAAUGGAUGACGAAGAUGAGGAGUUUUUUGUAAGGCAACAAUUUUUCACAAAACCCACAACAAAAACAAAGGAAGAAGACAAUAAAACCGAAAAUGCAAAUACUAGGGGACACAUCUUGAGAACUAGAUUGACGGGAGGUACCAGAAAGUCAAAUAAAUUCUAUGAUCCACGACAAAGAAAGGAGGGUGUAAAGCCGGCAGAAUCGGAGGUUAGGACCAGCAAAAGGUCAAAGGAAUUAAAUUUACUUAAUCGAUUUGAGAAUGUUGAGUUUGAGGGAUUUCUGCAUAUGAGUAAAAUGAGUUUCCUGAAAACAUUUCAAUUCAUCAAACAUUUACUGCAGCAGUCAACAUUUCCUGCAGGAGUGCCAGCCCAAACCGUAUUUUCUUUGGCUCUUUGGAAGCUGACAACCGAUGAACAUUUCGAAGAAAUAUCACGGCGUUUUCAUAUUCCACAGCCGGACUGUGAGCUAAUCGUUAGCCAAUUUUGGCACAUAAUCUCAGAUAAAUAUGAAUCGUAUAUCAAAUGGCCAAAUUCCCACUUGUUUCAACAGCUGCAACUGCAAGGCUUUCAAAAACAUCCACAAUUGAAAAUAUUCCCCAAUCUUUUUGGUAUUUUAGCCCUCAAACGUUUGGAUAUAUUUCUCGCCUCGGAAGAUGCUGAAAUAUCUAUUAUCCUGCAAAUCGUUUGUAAUGUUGAUCAAAAAGUUAUCGAUUGUUUUGUGGAAUUGGAACAGGAAUAUAGUUUUGAUGAAACCCCAAUGGGACAAAUAUUGGCGCUGAAUGAAAAUACAAUGCCAAAGGGAUGCUACUUAAUUGGCAACAAAAGUUUCCCUUUGAAACCGUAUCUUAUGAAACCCAUUACAAAUCCUUGUUUCCGCAAGGAACAUGAAUUUAAUCGUCUUUUGGAGCCAGCAUUGCGUUUGGGACAAGAUACUUUGGAUAUAAUGGCGAAACGCUUUAAUGCCUUAUAUGCUUUGGAGGCUCGCGAUUUGGCAGAAGUUCGUAAAAUUUUAGAAACGGUGUGUGCUCUACACAAUCUCAGCGUAGCCAUUGAAGAUGAUUAUGUUGAACGAAAACGUGAAGUUGUUAAAUUUAAUUGGGCCACCGAUACGAAUAUUAAUAUUACGACAGUGGGUAGUGAACAAAAUGUUCAGGGUUUACAAAGAAGAAAUGAUUUAAUUGAUAGGAUUGUAAGUAAUUGUCAGAGCAAAACGCAGAAGAAACACCACAAUUAA